AUGGACCUACGUUUUCCCGCACACUUGCUCAGCUCCCGCGAGGUCGGAGUGGGAGAGAGAUGCUCCCGCGAGUCAGUUCGCCAGAGUCAGCGGUUGUCUGCACGUGCUUUCGGUCCGGUCUGGGACCCAGACACAGGCUGGCCAAAUGCGAUGUGGAGCGCCUGGGCCCACCAAUCGAGCCCGGAUGGGUCCAGGGCCUGCCUGCUGGCUUCUCUGCUCUGGCUGAGCUUCCUGCCCCAACAUGCCCAGGCCGCCAGCAUCUCCAGCGCUGCAAAUAUCACAACUGCCCAGACCGCUCUAUCCCUGUCAGAGGAAUGUGGCAGGACCAGAUUCCAGGGGAAGAUCUUUGGCGGUCAGAAAGCAGCUUCUGAGCGGUGGCCGUGGCAGGCCAGUCUGCGCUUGUAUGGAAGGCACAUCUGUGGAGCAGUUCUCAUCGACAAAAACUGGGUAGCUGGAGCUGCCCACUGCUUCCAAAGGUCUCUAAACCCAAGUGACUACCAAAUCCUGCUGGGCUACACCAAGCUGAGCAGUCCCACCCAGUACAGCCGGGAGAUGUCAGUGAGCAAGCUCAUCGUUCACAAAGACUAUGACAGAUUCCACCGCCAGGGAAGCGACAUUGCCCUGAUGCAGCUGGGCUCACCAGUGGAAUACAGCCCCCACAUCCUCCCAGCCUGUGUCCCCAAGAAAAACAGAAAUUUCCCCAAGAAUCAGGCCUGCUGGACAAGUGGCUGGGGGCACCUCAGAGAAGAUGUGCGCCUGCCUUUACCCGAUGACCUGUAUGAAAUAGAGCUCAUCGUCAUGGACAAUGAACAGUGUAAAUUAUUCUUCCCACCGCCACAAUCUGCCUCCACUAGAAGCUACUACAUAUAUGAUGACAUGGUGUGCGCUGCUGACUACCAGAUGUCCAAAUCCAUCUGCGCCGGAGAUUCUGGGGGCCCCCUCGUCUGCUUACUGGAUGGCUCCUGGUUCCUGGUAGGGCUGACCAGCUGGAGCGCCUCCUGUGAAAAACCAAUUGCCACCCCCAGUGUCUUCGCCAGGGUCUCAUACUUUGACCAAUGGAUUAGUGACAACAAGAAAGCAACACCCGAUCCAAAGCCAGAGGACUCCUACAGACCCCCUAACCAGCAAGGACCCCCUUAUAAACCAAGACCCCCUGGUGGUUGGACUCCCUGGGGCAAUAACAAAAAUCAAGGAAUGGUUAUAAAGCCAAUGCUCCUCGCAGUCCUGCUGUCUUCUCAGGUCCUUCUGCUCCCCUUGAUUUAG